AUGGGUUCAAAAAUUUCAAGUCCAGAGCUCUCCAUUUCUCCACCACCUUCAAGCGGCCAUCUUCUCCAGUCCAGAGGUAUGACCUCGGCAGCUUCCCACUAUAAAGGUCCUGCGUCCCUUCCUUCGGAUUACGCUUUGUUAUCGCGCUAUGCUGCCCGCAAUACGCUCACUGAACAGAACACCCAACGAGCAAACGAUAGAACCGACGAAGAAUCUGACGACGAAUGCGAUACUCUACACGAUGUUUCAAGAGGCGAUGGCUCCGAGCACUGGAGUGUUCCUCGUCGUCGACGGCCCUCAAGAGUUUCAAGAGUUGCAAUAGGUCCUCACACCGAGGUCGCCAUCGAACGUGUCGUCGUUCCACGGGUGUGUUCGAACGAAAAUACUCCGCUUCUCAACCCACCGCGGAUUGCUGAAGACUUGGAGCGAAAUGAUCGCACCCCACAAGAAAGCUCCGUCCAAAUGUUUUGUGAUGAAUUACGGAUCUUGACAAAGUAUUCGAUGCCUGUGUUUUGCACACAUCUUUUAGAGUUCUCCCUUGUCAUUUCUUCUGUUCUCACAAUCGGGCAUCUAUCCACCAAAGCUUUGGCAGCUAUAACUAUCGGAUCGAUGACCGCAAAUGUAACAGCACUCAGUAUCAUUCAAGGGCUUACCAGUGCGCUUGAUACCGUUCUACCCUCUGCCUGGACGUCUUCUCAACCCCAUCUCGUUGGAUUGUGGGCCCAAAGAAUGGGCGUUAUUAUCGCUGUCGCGAUCAUUCCAAUGCUGACGAUUUGGUUCAAUGCCGAGGCGAUCUUACUCGCUUUAAAACAGGAUCCGGAAGUCGCUCACCUUGCUGGAGUAUAUUUGAAAUGGUUGUCACCGGCUCUACCAGCGUAUGGUUUUAACUUGGUUAGUCGGCGGUAUUAUCAAUCACAAGGUCUCUUUACCGUCCCUACGCGUAUCAUUUUCGUGGUAGCUCCUAUCAAUGCGUUCUUGAACUAUGUACUCGUUUGGGGACCCGAACCUAUCCGUCUGGGUUUCAUUGGAGCUCCCAUUGCCUCCGCCAUAUCGUUCAAUCUCAUAUCCCUCAUCUCGUUGACAUAUGGCGUGUUUUUCGUACCCAGGACGGCUUGGUAUCCUAUCUCCAAACGGACGUUUACGAGCUUGGGUGCUUUGGUACAUUUGGGGCUCGGUGGCGUCGGGCAGACUGCUUCAGAAUGGUGGGCUUGGGAAUUGGCCGGUCUUGCGGCUUCCUUAAUCAGUCCAGUAGCUCUUGCUAGUCAAUCCGUGCUUCUAGCCUCUUCAUCGGCAACCUUUCAAGCUCCGUUUGCGCUCGCUGUCGCUACCUCUGUUCGCAUUGGGAAUCUGCUUGGAGAAAAAAGAGCACGACGAGCAGGAGUUGCGGCCAAGGCGGGGCUCGUUAUUGCGUUUGUCAUUUCAAUAGUGUGGAGCCUUAUGUUCUUUGUCUUCCGAGAUCAAUGGUCGUAUAUCUUCAAUGACGAUCCGGAGGUCGCGGCACAGGUUUCCUCUACGCUUCCGCUGGUCGCUUUAUUCCAAGUGUUUGAUGGAAACGCGGCCGUAACGGGUGGUAUAUUGAGAGCAAGGGGAAAACAAGUCAUCGGUGCAUUGUUGAAUCUGACCGGAUACUAUGUCAUUGGCAUUCCUUUUGGAAUUUGGCUAGCAUUCAGUUGGAAUCUCGGUCUCCACGGAUUAUGGAUCGGUCUCACGAUUUCGUUAGUUUUUUCUGCGGUAUUCGGGACGGCGUUGUGUUUGAGAACGGAUUGGGAUCAUGAGGUGACGAAGGUGAUAGAGCGAGUUGCUCAAGAACACAAAGCGACUGAAAAUGACCGGUAA